CAUCACUGUCCACCUUCGCUCCCUCCCACACUCGAACCUUUCCUUCCGCUCACUUCAAGCCUCGAUCUGACUUCAAUGUGGCCUGUCUGUGCCCCUGCCUUCCAUAAUGGUGGUCAUAGUUGACUUGGGUGACGACUCGUCUGCACAUGCCUCCAAUGCCUCUGGCUUCCCCUCGGUCAAGCCACUGCAUCACAGUCUUGCGACAAUAAGCAGAGACACGACGCAGUAUCCCGGGGCAGAGGCCAACAGGCCCAAUCCCAACAUCAAUGGAUUUUCAGCCGCCCUGAGCUGUUAUCCUAUUGUUAGACAACUUGCGAGCCAGCUCGAUCUCAAUACCCUGCACGACCUCUCCAGAACAUGUAGGCAGUUCCGCGCGAACUUACUCGAAUACCGCGACCAACUUAUCAAACACACGCUGCAUUGCGCCAAUGAAGACCCUGGCGUCGGCAUACGCCUCGUGCAGGGACUAAGGCAGUCUCUAGAGACUUGGGAGCAGGAGACGCAGCUCCCGAGGCAAUUGACCAGCGGAAGGGUUGGCAAAUGUGCCCGGGAUAUGGUGGGCGAGUGCCAGCGUUGCGGUACCGUGGUUUGUCGGAACUGCACCAUCAAGCCUCCCCCGACGCCCACCCUUCGCGUCCGUCACCGCCGGCUCUGCCGUACCUGCACUAAAGCUCCGUUGCACCUUCUGACCGCCCCAAAGCGUAUUCGCACUAUGUCUUCGAGUUCUCCCCCACUAUCUCCAAGACCAGCCCCGACGCUCUUCGACGACCAACCCACACCAGCAUUUACAGCCUCCGCCUUCGAUCGAGCACCAUGUUGCUGUGACACUAUGGUUUGGCUAUGCCAGCCUUGCGGCCAGAAUCUCAGGAGUGCUGACACCAUGUACAUUCGGGCGUGGACAUGGCGAACUCGUUAUAGCCACUAUCUCGGUGGUGUUGGCACUGGUGCUGGUGAAGGCAAUGAGGGCGUCAAUUGCGGCCGAGGUCCGGAGUGUCUUGCAGCUAAGACAGUGGAGCAUGAGAUGGAUUGCGACGCGGAAACGCUAGCCAUGAUAGAGAGCAAAACCUCUGAAGAUGGGAGAUGGAAAGGAACUAGCUACCACGCCCAAGAGAUUGAGGGUGUCGGCGGCGUUGUCAAGAUGAAGGCAAAGAAGCAAGUACGCGUCGGCAACUGUGUCAAAGUAUAUGAGGAUGAGAGAGAUAGGUCCAUUCAGUACCUUCCUCGAGAGGUACAAGGCAAGCUAAGAAGCUGGUGUUCCUGGUGCCAGAGGGUCGUGCUGAGUGGGAAGGACUUAGAGGAAGAGAUUUUUGGUGUGAGACCCCCUUCAAGUGUUUGCAGCUCCGAGUCGUCUGGGAGAUAGCUUUGUGUAAAGACAUUUGUCUUUGAUGCGACAGUCUGCACACACUACAACACUACAAGCCGUUUGGAUGCAACCCAUCCUCACAAAUUACUGCGCCCACUUCCGAUCGACUUAGAGUAUUGAUAUUCUCUCAUCGAGCACAGUCCCUUUCGAACACCUCCCUCACGCAACAUGAUAUAUCACUGCCCCAAAUCAGUCUGCCCAAGCCAUGUUGGAGGAUCUCUACAGUUCCCAGGACUUGUCCGCCGUAAUUUAGACCUUUGAGGAUAUCAACGACGUCCU